AUGCUUAAGAAAAUCAAGUUAUCAGAUGUACCACACCACAAGAAAAUCAAGUUAUCAGAUGUAGCAUACCAAAAGAAAAUCAAAUUAUCAGAUGUACCAUACCACAAGAAAAUCAAGUUAUCAUAUGUACCACACCACAAGAAAAUCAAGUUAUCAGAUGUACCACACCACAAGAAAAUCAAGUUAUCAGAUGUACCAUACCACAAGAAAAUCAAGUUAUCAGAUGUACCACACCAUAAGAAAAUCAAGUUAUCAGAUGUACCACACCACAAGAAAAUCAAGUUAUCAGAUGUACCACACCACAAGAAAAUCAAGUUAUCAGAUGUACCACACCAUAAGAAAAUCAAGUUAUCAGAUGUACCACACCACAAGAAAAUCAAGUUAUCAGAUGUACCACACCAUAAGAAAAUCAAGUUAUCAGAUGUACCACACCACAAGAAAAUCAAGUUAUCAGAUGUAGCAUACCAAAAGAAAUUCAAAUUAUCACACAAGAAAAUCAAGUUAUCAGAUGUAGCAUACCAAAAGAAAAUCAAAUUAUCAGAUGUACCACACCACAAGAAAAUCAAAUUAUCAGAUGUACCACACCACAAGAAAAUCAAAUUAUCAGAUGUACCACACCACAAGAAAAUCAAAUUAUCAGAUGUACCACACCACAAGAAAAUCAAAUUAUCAGAUGUACCACACCACAAGAAAAUCAAAUUAUCAGAUGUACCACACCACAAGAAAAUCAAAUUAUCAGAUGUACCACACCACAAGAAAAUCAAAUUAUCAGAUGUACCACACCACAAGAAAAUCAAAUUAUCAGAUGUACCACACCACAAGAAAAUCAAAUUAUCAGAUGUACCACACCACAAGAAAAUCAAAUUAUCAGAUGUACCACACCACAAGAAAAUCAAAUUAUCAGAUGUACCACACCACAAGAAAAUCAAAUUAUCAGAUGUACCACACCACAAGAAAAUCAAAUUAUCAGAUGUACCACACCACAAGAAAAUCAAAUUAUCAGAUGUACCACACCACAAGAAAAUCAAAUUAUCAGAUGUACCACACCACAAGAAAAUCAAAUUAUCAGAUGUACCACACCACAAGAAAAUCAAAUUAUCAGAUGUACCACACCACAAGAAAAUCAAAUUAUCAGAUGUACCACACCACAAGAAAAUCAAAUUAUCAGAUGUACCACACCACAAGAAAAUCAAAUUAUCAGAUGUACCACACCACAAGAAAAUCAAAUUAUCAGAUGUACCACACCACAAGAAAAUCAAAUUAUCAGAUGUACCACACCACAAGAAAAUCAAAUUAUCAGAUGUACCACACCACAAGAAAAUCAAAUUAUCAGAUGUACCACACCACAAGAAAAUCAAAUUAUCAGAUGUACCACACCACAAGAAAAUCAAAUUAUCAGAUGUACCACACCACAAGAAAAUCAAAUUAUCAGAUGUACCACACCACAAGAAAAUCAAAUUAUCAGAUGUACCACACCACAAGAAAAUCAAAUUAUCAGCUAAAAAAACGUUAUAUUUUAAAUAUUAUAAUUUUAUUGGCGACAUCUAUGUUUAG